CCCCUCUUUCCCUAUUUUACAUUUUCAAACACCAUCUUACAUUCAUCAAAUGGUUUCUUCUUCCGCUCCUACUACCAAUCGGAUCCGGGGAAUUCUCGGCGUCGGCUUCUGGGUUCAAGGUUUCAGGUGCUUUCCAUGGAUGGCUGUCUACUUUUUCUUGAAAGAUGGCCUCCAUGUCGACCCUUCUACUCUCCAGCUCCUCCAGAACUCCGCUAAUCUUCCCAUGGUCGGUAAACCUCUCUACGGUCUCGUUUCUGAUGCCGUUUACAUCUCCGGCCAGCAUCGUAUCCCUUACAUCGUCUUUGGAGCUUUCUUGCAAGCAGUUUCAUGGCUAGCUAUUGCAAUCCUCCCACCCUCAGCCCUCUCAAUUUUCUGUAUCAGCGUAUUCCUUCUCCUUAGUAAUCUUGGUGCUUCAAUAGCUGAGGUUGCAAACGAUGCCAUUGUUGCAGAGGUCGGAAAACAGCCCACUACCUCCUCUAAAAAAUCUCAAUCAUCUUCCUCAGGUGAACUCCAGUCAUUUGUUUGGAUUGCUUCCUCUGCUGGUGGCGUCCUUGGAAACCUUUUAGGUGGAAUCGCCAUUACUAGAUGCUCCCCACAAGUUACGUUUCUCUUUUUUGGCGUUGUCCUUACUCUCCAGCUCUUUAUAACCAUUGCUGUCCGUGAAAGCUCUCUUAACCUCCCCAAGAGUACAUCAAAUGCUGGGAUUAUGAAGCAGCUUUCGCAGCUAUCAGUUGCAUUAAAGAAACCCGAAGUUGCUUACUCCAUAGCAUGGUUUGCUGCAUCAUAUGCUGUAAUUCCAGCACUGACAGGAACCAUGUUCUUUUAUCAAACACGAUAUUUGAAGAUUGAUUCAUCACUACUAGGGAUCUCUAAGGUUUUUGGGCAAGCAGCAAUGGUUCUAUGGAGCAUCAUCUACAAUCAUCACUUGAAAACAGUUCCAGCAAGGAAAUUAAUUGCAGCCAUUCAGGCAACAAUGGCCGUGUUCAUGGCUUCUGAUGUUCUAUUCGUGAGGGGAUUUUAUCGAAAUAUGGGGGUGCCAGACGCAUUGUACGUGAUUAUUUUCUCAGGACUUUUGGAGGUGAUGUUUUUUUUCAAGAUUCUUCCUUUCAAUAUUUUAAUAGCACAGCUCUGCCCCCCAGGGUGUGAGGGAUCGCUGAUGGCACUCGUGGCAUCUGCUAUAGCACUUGCAUUGAUAGUGAGUGGAUACUUUGGUGUUGCACUUGCAUCUUAUAUAGGGGUUACAGGAGAUGAUUUUUCAGGGUUCCCCCGAGCCCUUCUGAUACAGGCAGUGUGUACACUUUUGCCAAUUUACUGGUCCUCAUGUGUUCCAGAUGAUAAGGAAUCCACAGCUAGGAAAAAGAAUCUGUAAUUGAUUGUGGUGAUUCAAAUUACUCAAUUCUUUACAUUUAGGUUUUAGAUUAUAUAUACUUUUAUGAUUGAUAAUAUAUUUAAUUGUAGUUGUAGGAAUUUUCAGGUUAAGAUGCUUAUGAGAAAUUUAUCUGAGAUGUAUUCAUAUCAUAUGUUAUUCAGAAGGAGCUGCUUUAGAAAUAUAUGCAAUAGUGGCUUAUUUUCUUUUCCUA